AUGCUGCUCCGGCCCCGACGGCCGCCCCCGCUCGCGCCCCCGUCGCCGCCUAGCUCCGACGCCGAGCUGCGGCCGGCCGAGGACGUCCCGGGGUCCCCGCUCGGGGGCGUCCUGGGGUCCCCACCCGGGGGUCCCACCACGCCGGGUGCGCUGGCGGAGCCCGGGUCGCCCAGGUCUCCCGUGUCCCCGGGCUCGGCGCAGCGCACGCCUUGGAGCGCCCGGGAGACGGAGCUGCUGCUGGGCACGCUGCUGCAGCCGACCGUGUGGCGCUCGCUGCUGCUGGACCGCCGCCAAGCGCUGCCCACCUACCGCCGCGUGUCGGCCGCGCUGGCCCGCCAGCAAGUGCGGCGCACACCCGCGCAGUGCCGCCGCCGCUACAAGUUCCUCAAGGACAAGCUCCGCGACGCCGAGGGUCAGCCGCCCGGGCCCUACGAUGAGCAGAUCCGCGAGCUCAUGGGGCUGCUGGGCGACAACGGGCGCAGACGAGCGCGCCGCCGCCCCUCCGGACCUGGGCGCCCCCACCGCGGCCGUCGACUGGCCCCCGUCGCGUCUGCGCCCGCGCCCGCGCCCGCGCCGGCCCCAGACGAGCCAGGUGUGGCGCCCCAGCCGGCUGCCCGGUACCCUGACGCCGACCCCGCCGGCGCGCUCAGGUUCAGCCGGUCCACGCCGAAGUCUGCGGACGCCUGCCGCGCCCCCGGCUCCCCCGCCCCAACCGCUCUCUGCGCUCUCGCCACUGAAUCCCGCCGCGCCCCCGGCUCCCCACCGCCGCCGCCGCCAGACCUGCACCCCACCCCGGAGAACCCCGAUGCGCCGCCCGGCGUCCUCGAAGACCGCGCGCCACCGCAAGCCGCCGUCCCGUCGCUGAACGCCGCGCUACUGCAGACCCUGACGCACCUGGGCGACAUAGUGGCCGUCCUGGGCCCCCUGCGCGACCAACUGAUGACACUGAACCAGCACGUGGAGCAGCUGCGGGGCUCCUUCGACCAGACCGUGUCCCUAGCCGUGGGCUUCAUUCUAGGCAGUGCGGCUGCCGAGCGGGGCGUCCUGGGGGACCCGCGCUAA